GCUCAAACUCAUGCUAUCUACGGUGGAUAGAAGACCAAAAGAAGUUCGCUCAAUGUUCUUGAAGAUGCGGCAUAUUCGAAGCUAGGCCUUCAUUUUAUCUGAUAUCGAUUUUAUGGUAACGCUCCAGCGACAUGAGUUUCAUCUUUUGGGGGCUGUUUUAGCCACGACGUCGGAGGUCAAGUUUGCGUUUAGUUUCUGAGUGAGUAAAAAGAAAAACCCUAAUUAACUUCUCUUACUCUGAAGCCAUCAAGAACUACAAAGCACUUGAAGAGGACCUAUUGCUUCUUUGAAGCAGCUUCUCCCACAGAACUCAGGAUGGGAGGUGGCGGCAAAGGCGGUGGGGGGAACGGCAAAAGCGGCGGCAAAAGCAGUGGAGGAGGUUCUUACGGCAAAUUCCAGCCCAGCGACCGCGGUGGUGGAAAAAAUGACAGUCACCACAACGACCACUACGACUACGAUGACUACAAUACCUACCACAACCGCGCGCACGCAAAGACCGUCGGGGAGAUAAAACAGAUGCUCGAACCGGUGUUUGAUAGCAAAAAUGAUCCAGACACGACCAUGACCAAGUUUCUAUCCGCUUUGGAAGUUAGCAGAACCGCGAAAAACGACGAGGUGAUCAACAAAAGAACCUCAUUGAUCCCAAUACUCGAGGAUCACGGCGGAUUGGAGAACUGCGCGAGGGGGUGGAGCGAGAUGCUGGAUUUGUUCUCGCAACAGCAGGGAAAAAUGCCGCAAAAAGAGCAGCCGGUGUAUGAAUCGGAGGAGUUGUGGGACGUGAUUCAGAAAAUCGGCUUCACGGUCCGGGACGAGCAGAUGAGGAGGGUGGAAUUGGAGUUGUUGCAAAGAUUGUACAAGAGAGGAGAGUAUGAAGUGCAAAAGUAUCGUACUGGUACUAGUUGUGUAAAUCGCAUGACAAAUUUCCUCAGCAUGAGAAGUGAAAUUUGUCGUGCGGAUUUAACUUCAGAAAGAAAUUUGUAAUGCAGGAGUGCGAUGAGAACUAGCAGUACGAUACUUUUGCAAUGCAUAGAGAGUAUUUCGCGCACUACUUGUACUUAUCCAACUUCCCCGAUUACAACCCAACUUCCCUCCAAGAUUAUCAGAACAAGGGCAAGCCCGGAAAUGAUUUACCCGCGGUUCUGAUGGUGGCGGAAAAACCGUCGAUCGCGAAAAUCAUCACGGAACACCUGUCCGGCGGGAGGUACCGGACCAAGUACGGGUGUUUAUCCCGGGCGUGUCAGACCUACGAGUUCAUCAGCUACUUCCUCCCGCACGAUAGCAGUAAGAGGCAGAAGUGCAAGAUCAUCGUCACCUCCGUGAUCGGGCACGUCUUCGGCUUGACGUUUAAGAAGCAGAAGGGAUUACGUCCGGAAAUGAUGUUCGCCGCGGAAACAUCAAAGGAAAUCGAGGACGGGAGUCGGAAGAUGCGAGUGCCAGAGCACUUGCAGGAUUUAGCGAAAGAUUGCGAGUACCUGGCGUUGUGGUUGGAUUGCGACAGGGAGGGGGAGAACAUCUGCUACGAAGUGAUUUCCAUCAUCAGAGAGCACUUCCCCACCGACCAAAACAUUUACCGAGCGCAUUUCUCCGCGAUAACGGAGCAGGAAAUUAGACGAAGUUACGACGAUCUGCGCCGGCCGAACAAGUUUUUGGCCAUGAGCGUCGACGCGCGGCAGGAUAUCCUGAGUAAAAACGUCCCCACCCCAGAGUUGUGAUGCAGAUCUGCAAGCACAGGAGCGUUUGUAAUGCGCGAUCCCAUGCGGGGCAUUAUCAAUUGUGUUUUGGAACUUGUAAUGCUGUAAAGAGCAUAAGGAGAUCGAUUUGUUAUGCGGCUUCCCUUGCUAAACUGCACUACGCUACAGCCUGCAAUUUGUCAUGCGUGGUUCCCAAAACUUCAAGGUUUGUGUUGCAAAAUCCCCAUCUUGACUCUGGGGCGGGGACGUUUUUACAUAGGAUACAGGAAUUGGAUUUGAAGGUCGGGAUUAGCUUUUCUACUCUAUCAAAUGUAAAAAUGUCUGGGUCUGGAAGAUUGCAAGGUUUGUCAUGCACAUUUUGCAUUACCCGUGAUGUCUGUGAUGUAUGCACCAGCAUCACAAAUUUUUUGCGAGCAUCUUGAUGCCUAUCCCGCAUGAGAAAUCCCCUCUCCCAGAGCAAAAACUGGACGCCUCUUGAUGCUCAUGCAAUACAGAUUUUUUUGGAUUCCAAAAAUAGCAUCACAAGUUGCAUUCUUCCAGACAUCCAGGGAUUUUUACAUUUGAUAUACUCUAUUGAAGUACAAUUUUUUAGACCUCGCGAAGCAGAAAUUCCCGCGGAUGGAUUUGAAGAUGCUGACCUACGGGCCGUGCCAAACCCCGACCUUGUGGUUUUGUGUGGAAAGACACAAGGAGAUCAAGGGAUUUAAACGGGAAAAGUGGUUUUUGCCGAAAUUCAAGUGGCAGUAUAGCAGUAGUUCUAGCGAUGAUUACGGUAGGAGUAACAAUAAAGGCGGUGGGAAAGGGAACAAGGGCGGGAAAGGUGGGAACAAAAACAGUCGCGAUGAAGAGGAGGAAGUUCCGGAAAACAUUUUAGUCUUCACAACCGAGAAACUUUGGCGUAUCCUGUGCAAAAGUAUCGUACUCGUAUUGCAAUCGUGCAUUACAAAUCUUUUUCUUAAAGGUAAAUCAGCACUACAGAUUUUAUUUCUCAUGCAGGGGAAAUUUGUAAUGCAUUUAUACGAGUACGAUACUUAUGCAGUUCAUAUGACGCUACCCGGGUCAGUUUGAGCAGUUUACAUCAAGAGGUGGGAUAUCCUGUGUUAAAACGUCCCCACCCCAGAGUUGUUAUGCUGGUGCGCAUGCUCAGGAUGUGUGUCAUGCGGCUCUCCAUGAGAGGCAUUACCUAGUGGCGUUUGAGAAUCUGUCAUGCGAUAAUCAGGAUCACAGACUGGUUCUGUGAUGCGUUUGGACUAGCUAGGCACGACUAGACUGCGAAGCCAAACUUGUCAUGCGUGAGUCCCAAAGACGCUCGAUUUGUCUUGCCGAGAUCCCAACUUGACUCUGGGGUAGGGACGUUUUUACACAGGAUACGGGAACAACAGCAGUAGUUACGGAAGGAGCAACAAUUACGGCAGAAACAACUACGGCAGUAGCAGUUAUGGUGGUAGCAGCUCUACCACCGCCACGAUUCUCCGCACGCGGGAGGAGGAAAAGCAGAUGAAGAAACCGGUCGGGUUGAACACGGUCCAGAUGCUCAAGGCCGCGUCAGCUUUGGGUCUCAGCUAUGCAUUGCAAAGGUAACGUACUUAGUAUAAAUAGCAUCACAAAUUCCCUCAGCAUUAGAAAUGGAGUUUGUAGUGCUGUUUUAGUACCUUAGGAGGAAGAUUUGUCAUGCAUGUUUGCAAUUAGUACGAGCGCGAUGCUUUUGCACUUCAUAUCAGCCCGGGUACGGCGAUGAAGGUCGCCGAGGAUCUUUAUUCCAUGGGCUACAUCUCCUACCCGAGAACGGAAUCGACAAAAUACGCUGAUUCUUACAACGUCUUGGAGGUUUUAGAGGAGCAAAGCAGAGCUCCUGGUUGGGGGAAGACGGUAGAAGUCUUCCUGAAGAUAUCGCAAGAAAAAACUGUUUCACUGUGAACCUGUGAUGCAGAGAACGAAACACCAAACUGUUUGUUUUGCUACACCUGCAUAGAGCAUUGGAGUUUCAACCGUGUUUUUCCCUAUGGGAAAAAUAAACGUGCAUGGCAAAUUUUCUGUCUCAUGUGUAACAAACUUGUGAUGCAGAUCUUGCAAAACCAUGACAGUGAAUGUGAAACAGUUUUUUCGUGGGACAGAAGAAGAAAAACUGGAACGUCCCAACCCCCUCUCACGGCCACGACGCGGGGGACCACCCGCCAAUCACCCCCUGCGGACCGCUUGCUCGCCGGGAUGACAUGAAGAAGGGAAACCAGUGGAUAUGGCGUUCUCAAAUGUUACAUUCUCAACUGUUACAUGGUUUGUCAUGCAGAAAAAUUCCCAUCAGAAUCGACACGAUCAAGCUGGUUCGCAUGGCAAAUUCUCGAAAUACCGAACAGGCUGAGGAUCUUCUGUGCCAAAUCUGUCAUGCAAGACGCGGAAGGUCACGCCUUUCACUUUUGCCAUUCUUGCAUCACAACUUCAUGUAGCAGUUGAGAAUGUAACAGUUGAGAGCGCCAUAGUGGAAACUCUACGAGUACGUGUGCCGGCACUUCGUUGCGUCGGUGAUGGACGACGCUUAUUACACGGAGUUCACUGUGGAGGCACUAUCAAAUGCAAAAAUGUCUGGGUCUGAAAGAGCCAAACUUGUGAUGCUGGUGCUGCGUUUGGAUGCUAAAAAAACCUGUAUUGCGUGACCAGCAAGAGAAUUCAAAUUUGGCUACGCGGAGAGGGCAUUUAUCAUGCUGGAUGCGCAUAGAUAAGCGCUCAAAAAAUCUGUGAUGCUAUGGCAUAUUACAUCACAGACGUCAUGGAUCAUGGAAAAUGUGCAUGACAAAGCUGUGCUCUUCCAGAACCAGACACUUUUGCAUUUGAUAGGCACAAAUCGGGAACAAUUCCAGUGACAUUUUCACCUCCACCUUCCAAACUUUCCACGAUAAGGGAUUCUUGUUCGCCACGCCGUGGAAGGGCGAUGUGUUCAACGACAAGACGGAUAUGUGGCGAAAGAUGGAGAAGAAGGGAUUGUUCUCUGCGCAGGGGAAUUUGAGGAUCGACGUGCAGGAUUUCAAAAUCGUCGAGGGACAAACGGAGCCGCCACAGUAUUUAAAGGAGUCGGAACUAAUUGCGUUGAUGGACAAACACGGGAUCGGCACGGACGCAUCGAUGGCGGGCCACAUCGAUAACGUCGUUGCUCGAAACUAUUGCAAGGUCUGCGGACCGUGUACGGACGGUAAUAUUAAAUUAAGGUUAUUUGCGUUUGCGUCGCUUGUUAUGCAGAACAAUUUCAGGAGUUCCAUGAGUUCUUACAAAGAAUUAUUUCCUUCUAACUCUUCUCUCAGGUUCCGGCAACGCCGGCGACCCGAUCUCCACGAAAGGCAAAGGCAAGGGAAAAACGAGGCAGGGCGACCGCCCAACGUCCCGGCACAUGGUCCCCACCGGUCUGGGUUUGGCGAUCUUAGACAUGUUGGAGCGCAUUGUCCCCGACGUAGUGCAGCCGAAGGUGAGGAGCUUUAUGGAAAAGCAGUGCGCGUUGAUUUCCGAGGGCAUCGAGUCGAAAGAACGGGUGGUGAGCGAGAAUUUGGAUCUGUUUGAAUCCAGGUUCAACGAAUUUUGGACGAGGUUGGACGAAGUCAGGUUUAUCCUAGAGCCGAAAGAUGAGAAAGGCGGUGGGGGUGGAAGACACAAUAACGACAGAGGAGGCGGUCGUGGUGGUUACGACAAUCGGGGUAACGGUGGAGGUGGAAACGAUUGGAAAGGCGGCGGCGGCGGGGGAAAAGGCGGCGGCGGACGAGGAGGUAGGAUUUUACUUAUGAGUUUCUGGCUCGGCUGAAGUCGGCAUUUUUUGUCUAUCAUGCCAUUUUUUUGUCCGGUACUUGAAAUAGAGAUGAUCAUGCCAGACACGUGCAUCAGCAUAAAGCUGCUCUCAUUUUGUCAUUGUCCUCCUCAACACAGGUAACAACUACAAAAAGCCGACAAGAGAGAUCGACUUCGACGAAGACAUCCGGGGCUACCGUGGCGGAACGCAGGACCCAAGAGGGAAAUUCGGCCAAGAAGAUGACGACGAUUGGGGGGAGGAAUAUGCCACGUAUGGGAACAAUGGAAAUGGUGGGAAUUACGAGAAUUGGGAUGAGGAUUGGUAUUGACGAGUUGUUUGGAGUGAAACUGAAACAAAGAUUGUCCACUUUAAUUGAAUUACACGCGCCUUUGUUGAAUUAUGACGAAAAUUAUCUGUAAACAACUUCUACUACACCACACGACAAGUGAAAAUAGAAUACGACAGACGAGCUUACUACUCACGCAAAAGUUCGAGACGGAAAUUUGACCGUGAAACCCCUUUGAAAACUGAACAGCUUUUCAAAAAACGCCAGAUAAAGUGCUAUCACUACGACGCAUCGUCUAGUAAGUACGAUGAGAAAAGCGGGACCACGCAAAUACUUGAAAGACGAACUACGUAU